GUGCACGCGGUCGAAUUUGGAAUAAAAUUUUUUUGCUCAAAAUAUCAUGUGAAAAGUUUAAAUUUUUGUCAUUUAUCAUUUUAUCUACAAGACUUUAUUAAAAUGGGAAGGCUAAGUCGACACAGGAAAGUCAAGUCGUGUGAUCCGUUUUUUAAGGGACAAAAAGACGUCGAUAUAAGGUAUAAUAUAAAACGUCUUGCCGUCUUAUAGGUCGUUUUGUAGUCUGUAGUUGACUGGACUGUCUGCACAUGGUUCUAAAUUCUAAAACGAAAGACAGUCCUCUGAGUGACUAUUAAGUUGUUCACUUUAUGUACUGAUUUUGUGUUUUUUUCAUAUACAUGUAAUGAAAACAUUUAGUCCUUGUUUAUAAUGUCAAUUUAUAUCCAUUUGAAGUUAAUGAAUAAGGACCAUGUAACCACAAAACAUGUCACAUGCUGAUGCACCUACAGGGGCGUAGGGGGGGGGGGGGGGGACAGCGAAAAAAAAACGAAAAAAAAUAUUUUUAAAUGCCCUUUUUGUUUUUGAAAAGUGCCCCUCAAAGCCUUCCCCCCCCCCCCAACUUUUCGAAGGUUCCUACGCCCCUGUGCACCUAUGAUUGUUGUGUGAUUGCUUGGUUUUGAUGGUGGUGAUGAUGAUGGUGAUGUCAGUGGUGGUGAUGAUGAUAGUGAUUAAAGAUGGUGGUUGUGAUGGUUAGCACUAUUUUACAUCCAGCAAACCACCCUAUUGGGCUAUUCCAUUUAAAAGAUGUAACCCCCCUAUCGAGGACAAGGUUUUUACCAUAUCCCUGAAGAAUUCCUGACGUAAAAGGCAUACCUGAAGAAUUCCUGUUAAAUAGCAUUUACCCCUGAAGAAAUCAGCAUUUACCCCUGAAGAAAUCAGCAUUUACCCCUGAAGAAUUUCAAUUUUUAUAUCUGACCCCUGAGGAAAUCUCAUUCAAAAUAACGAACCCUGAAGAAUUCCACAAGAGAAUUUGUUCACCCAUGAGGAAUUCCAGGGUUAAAAAUUACCUUACCCAGAAGAAUUCCAAGGUCCUCGAUAGGGGGGUAACAAAUAUUAAAUGGAUUAGCCCAUUGAUUUUCUAGUUGUUUCUUUUUGGGGGUUUUUUAUCAAUUGCGUUAUUGUUAAGGUUGUGGUUAGAGUAGGGAUAGUGUUUGGGUUAGUUAUGUAGCCAUUUAACAUUUCUUACAUCUUCCGAAAAUGACGUCAGGUCAGUUUGCUGGAUGAAUAGCUCUUGUGGAAGAAAGUAAAACCAUAAUAUAUGCGAUGUUUUGUCAUAUAUAUAUGUUUUUAAGAUUACCACAACUGACACAAAUGCAAUUUUUUACUCCUUGAGUGCCAAUGCUUACAGUCUGAUGAGUAAAUUGGCAUUACACCUGUAAAGUGAAAUAACAAAAUGCCAUGCAAUGCAACUUUAUGAGUUAAUCCAGUGAGUCUGCCCUUAGCAAUUUGACAUCCAUGAUGACAAAAAUGUCUCUCUAAUAAGCCUGCUAUUGUCAAUUUUUGACAGCAGAUUGAGAUGGCAAAUCUGUGGCAUCUUUAUUUCCAUCUGAAUAGAAACUCAGACAAUUCCUCUCAUUCAGUUCCAAUGCUCCAGUUCAAGCAUCUCAACUGGACAGCCAGCCAGUUCCAAGGAAAGCAAAUGACUUAUUUAAGGAUGGUCAAAAAAUAAAGCUUAAAGGUUUGUGUGCAGAAAUGAUAUUGAAAGUGAGACGUGUUUUUUAACCCAUUGAGUGACAUCAUUUUCCCCUUGACAAGUCAAAUUGUCAUUAGAGUAAAAUAAUAAAGUAGGGUACAUUUCUCAGUUAGUCUCAACAAUAACAAAGCAUUCAUUCACCCAUGACUAUGUGAUAAAAACAAUUUUUUAUAUAAUAUUUUUGCUGCAUUUCUUUACCCUAGAACAUUAAUAAAAUAUGUAGUGCAGGUUGAUUUUUGGGUCGGCACGAAGCUCUAGGAAGAUGUUCUGUGAUUGGUUGAUUAUGACAAUGACAAAAGAAUAAGCUAUAAAACAUUUGGAUUUUCUAAAGAACGAAGCAAGAACAAUGUUCCUUUUGUUUAUGUAAGCCAAUUACGUCUUUUGUCAUUGUCAUAGACAACCAGUCACAGAAAAUCUUCCUAGAGCUUCGUGUUUACCAUGAUUUUUGAGAACAAAUUUGCCUCAAUUGGCAAAACAUUGCCAAACAGAACUUCAGCUAAUUUUAAGAUCUAAACUUACAGUAUAUACCAGUAUGCCAAAUAAAUCAAGUGACAACUCCCUGGCAACAGAAACAAGCCUAAGAUAUUAUUUACAUUACUUUUAAAGGGAAAAAAGGAAAGCGUGGUAAAGAAAAAAAGAAUCGUGGAAAGUUGGACGUUCAGAGAAGACCGGGGGAAACUCGACGGGAAUUUUAUCAGAGAUUGGAUAAACAGGCAGCAGAGGAAGUCAAUAAAAUUCUUGUGAAAGAAAAACGUGUCAGUCAGAAACGAAAAGAGUAUGAGCGCAAAUUUUUAUUCCUUACUUUGCAGAGCAUGGGUGUCAAAUGUAAUAUUAUAAUGUAUACUAAAGUAUGACAGUCGGCUGGCUUCAUCGUUCUGGAAUGGAUUUUCGCUCUUGUGUUUUUCAACCUAGCUGUUGUGUUGUGAAUCUUCAUUAAAAAUCUUUCAUGUAAUAUUCAGCCUUCAUACUCUUGUAAAGUUUGAUACUUACUGUAAGACAAGAGUUCACAUAUUAAGCAACAUAUUUUUUAGGUUUUUGAAAACACGAAAAGCAAGUAAAAAGCGACAGAAUGCGAUGCAAGAAGAUGAGCAUAAAGAAUUCAUUACUGGUAAGACAUGAGUUUUGUAUGUACAAAACAGUAAAACACAGGCAUAGUGAACUCAGAGUUCAUACAAAAUUUAAAAGUCCUUGAAUGUCCUUGAAUUUGAAUACAAAAAUUCAAGGCCUUGAAUGUCCUAGAAUUUGUAAAGUACUUGAAAGUCCUUAAAUUUUUCUUGCUUUAGUUUUUGGAUAUUUUCUGAAAUUGUUUGACAUUCAAAACAGACAUUUUGUUGAAUUGAUUUUGCAUGUUCAUAUCUGACAAAGCUGUUUAAAACUCAUUAAAGUUGCAUUUUAAACAAUUCAACAUCAGAUUUUACUAAUUUCUAACCCCUUUUCUUCAGUAUUUAAUCCUUGAAUCUGCUGAUACAUGGCCUUGAAUGUCCUUGAAAAGUCCUUGAAUUUCACUCUUCCUCACAUGUACGAACCCUGUGAACUAAGCACUAUUGUACAUGCACUGCAGUGCGGACCAGCCAAAAUACAUGGUGCUCAUUUUUUUAAAAAAUGAAAAACUUUAAUUUUUGUCUUUGCAAAACAAACUAAUUAUGCGCAAGCCUGUUGUAAUAAAAGUGUUCACUAAAUGCACCAGACUGGAUAUUAUAAAGACGUCAAUGGCGAUAGGGAAACAACUUUUAUCGCGGUGAGGGGUGGCUUGCGAUCAGGAUUCAGACCCUCUAAACUUCUGAUCGCAGGUUAGGCGUGGGGUAACGCUUAAUCGCAAAUGGUAAAUAUUUGCAAGCUUGUUGUAAUAGUAGCGUUAUCAAGCAUUAUCAAGCAUUAUUUUAUUAUCCAUGCUGAAACCCACCAGUAUUAGCCAUAUGAAGCUUAAUAUAAAGUAUUAUUUUCAUUUCAACUAGACAAAGUUAAAUUUGGUGAAGUUGUAAACGAACCCCCAAGCUUUACAGCCAGGCCAAAACACGCGGGAGACGAGGCAAGUAGAAAAACUAAAAUGGAUUCUCUUCUCUUGCAAAAUAAACUAAAGGACCAAGGCCAUCAAGACGAGCAUAACAAACCACAAACUUUACCAAAAUCUAAAAAGCGAAAACAUAUGAAUGCAUUUGAAAAACAAAUCAACGAUAAAAGACGACUAGAUGCAAUUGCUGCAUAUAGAAAAAUAAAAAAGAAACAUAUGCAGGAAAAUGCAUCGUAAAAUGACAUAAUUU